GCGUCAAAAUGGAAAACGGAGUUUCAUUGAAAGUCAUGCGUCUCGCCAGGCCGUCGUUCCUCGUCAAUAGACGCCUACCGAUGUUCGAGCCCUGGGAUUUUGAUUCGCUUCCGUCAGAUCAAUUCAAUGCAACCACCUUCGGUUCUGACAUGCUGUGCCUCCCUCAGGCUUUCGGCAACAUAUACUUGGGUGAGACGUUUUCGUCGUACAUGACCGUCCACAAUGGGAGCUCAUUGGACGUACAGGGCGUACAGCUGAAAGCCGAGCUCCAGAACGGGACCCAGAAGGUUGCGUUGACGCCAGUGGUCGUUCGCGGGAGUGACGUUCUCAAGCCGAACGAAUCUUUGGAUCAGAUCAUCCAGCACGAAGUCAAAGAGAUCGGAACUCAUCUUCUACAAUGCACCGUUGACUAUACGAACGCUUCGACAGGAGAGCCGAUGCAGUUCUGCAAAUAUUUCAAGUUUCAAGUCUACAAGCCUCUGGACGUCAAGACGAAGUCAUACAAUGCCGAAAAUGAUGAAGUAUUACUAGAAGCUCAGCUGCAAAACAUAACAGCGAAUCCUGUGACGCUGGCCAAAGUCUCCCUGGAACCAUCGCCGCACUUCCAGGUGACCGCUCUGAACCAAAACGACAACGGAGAGAGCAUUUUCGGUCAAGUCAAUCUCCUGAAUCCUCAAGAUUCUCGCCAAUAUCUAUUUUCCCUAAUCCCGAAGAAUAGAUUGCCACAAGAGAGCAAAGUCAAGGGAACGAGACCACCCUUUGCCAUUGGUAAACUCGACAUAAUAUGGAAAAGUGCGAUAGGCGAGAAAGGCCGACUCCAGACUUCUCAGCUUGAGAGAGUGGCUACUGUUUAUUCCGAUAUAAGAUUGGUCAUCGAAAAUUAUCCUUCUAAAAUUGAGCUCGAGACCCCGUUCACGAUAUCGUGCACAAUCUUCAACACAUGCGAGAGAGCCUUGGAUCUGACGGUGUCCCUGGAGAACCAAGAAGGUCUCAUGUGGUUGGAGAGCACCGGCUACGAACUAGGUCAGAUUCAAGCCCACUCGAAGAUGACGAAAGAUUUCGCCCUGAUUAUGACAAGGUGCGGUCUUCAAACGAUUGGAGGAAUCAAAUUCACGGAGAGUUUUCUGAAGAGAGUCUAUAAGUUCGAAGACAUCGGUCAGCUCAUCGUGACCUGAAUAUUCGUCGGACGAUUUGAUUACAUGGUCAUCCUGAACACUGACCGAGUAUAUUCAUGUCAACGCGUGCAAUACCUUUCGGUGUGUAAUAAACUUGUAUU